AUGAUUCACAAUCACCGAGGUUGGCAUGAGAUGUUGCCAUAUGCUUUAUUGAAUUAUCGGACAACUGUUAGAACAUCGAUUGGAGCUACUCCAUACUUGCUAGUAUAUGGAACAGAAACGGUCAUAACUUCUAAAGUAGAAAUACCGUCUUUGAGAAUCAUCCAAGAAAUUGAGUUAAGUAACACUGAAUGGGUCAGCAAACAGAUCGAUCAACUAACUUUGAUAGAUGAGAAGAGAAUGGUUGCAAUCUGUCAUGGUCAGUUGUAUAGACAGAGAAUGAUUUGGGACUUUAACAAGAGAGUAAGAGACAGAAUUCUUGAAGUUGGUCAGUUGGUUCUUAAGCGUAUUUUUCCUAAUCAAGACAAGUACAAAGGAAAAUUUGCGCCAAAUUGGCAAGGACCCUACAUGGUUCGCAAGGUAUUAUCCGUAGGUGCUUUGGUCUUGUCGGAGAUGGAUGGCACCGCAUGGCCGAAACCUAUCAACUCAGACGCUGUCAAGAGAUAUAACAGUGGAAAGAUAGGAAAGACAGUUAACUGGGACAGAAUUGUGGAGGAUGGCCUCAAAAUUUCAGCAUGGGUUCAUCUACAAGUCUGUAGUGACUCUGGAAACUCUCCAGCGAACAAUCAGAUAAACCUCCAAGCAUCAGACUCAAAGAAGUUUGUUAAGCCUGAUAUGACAUGA